AUGGCCAACGAAGUCGCCAUCAUCGGCGCCGGCAUUGCCGGCUUGACUUUGGCUCUCAGCCUGCACACCCAGGGUAUUCCCUGCGCCAUCUUUGAAACACGUCCCGAGCCCCAGAAUAUCGGCGGCGCUGUCAUGCUCUCUCCCAAUUCUCUCAGGCUCUUCGACGGUAUGGGUGUCUACAACGACCUUAAACGCCACGGCUUCAGCUUCGACACCCUCUAUUUCAGAGACCUCGCCGGUGACCUCCAGGAAACGUACCCCUUCGGCAGUGUUGAGAAGUAUGGGUACAGCGGCUUGCGAGUCUAUCGCUUUCAACUCAUCGACUUGCUUCUUGAGAAGAUCAACGCCAACAAGAUACCCAUAUACUUCAACCACAAGUUCUCGCAUGUCGUCUCCGAGUCCACGAAUACAGUGACCUGGAAAUUCAUUGAUGGAACUGAGAAGACUUCAUCUCUGCUUAUUGGAGCAGAUGGAAUACACAGUCGCGUCAGGAAGUACAUGUACCCUGACCUCUCACCAAAAUUCACCGGUCUCGCUGGCAUCACCGCUGCAGUACCAACUGCAACCCUCAAACUACCUAGCCCGGACUACACAAUGCCCGUCACAAUCAUGUCACCCACUCACGGUGCCUUCGUCAUCGCACCUCAAAAGCCAGAUGGAAGCGAAGUCCUGAUUGGAAAACAAAAACGCAUGCCUGAACUAUCAAGAGAAGGAUGGGAUCAACUUUACGCAGACAAAGAAGCCGCUGUCGCUUUCCUUCGCGAAGGAUCCGAAGUCUUCGGUGACAUAGCGGUUAGCGCUACCUCAGAUAUCCCGCAUGCGCACAUCAACAUCUGGCCCUUCUACAUCAUCCCGAAACUCGAUUCUUGGUCUUCUACCCACAGAAGAGUACUUUUGGUAGGCGAUUCAGCACAUGCCAUUCCUCCCAGUUCGGGCCAAGGCAUAUCCCAAGCCGUAGAAGAUGUGGUAAUGCUAGCAAUGCUGUUGGGAAGAGGUAGGAGCGAAAAGAAGGAUCUGGGGUGGUGGCAAGAAGUUCGACAAGCUAGGCUUCAGGAUAUCUUGUUACUCAACGCUCGCGUGGAUAAGCGUAGACUACCCAAAACCAUGGGAUUAGACGAAGAAGACGAUGCUGAGAAAGGCUUUGAUCUCGAUUGGCUGUAUGGCUUAGAUGUGGUCAGUGUGGUAGAGGAAUACGUUGGAAGUUCGUAG